AUGGAGGCUUCUCCGGGGGAAGAGUUUGAACAGGAGAGGGAUGGCUCAGAGUUCAAGGAAGAGGAACAUUUAGCCCCAGCUCCCCAAGUAGGAAAUACUUCUCUCAAACCCGAUGGCUUUCAGAGCUGGGAUGAUUUAUGGGUCCGCGGAAAGGGGCUUGGAAAGCGACAGCCUCGAGACCCAGUCUCCCGGGUUCUGGGAGAACCCCCGUGGGAACAGGGCAGUAAUGAUCGAGCUGCUGUGUGUGGUGAGUGUGGCAAGUGUUUCAGGCAGAUCUCUGACCUGGUAAAAUACCAGUGGACGCACACAGGAGAGAAGCCCUACAAGUGUGGCGUUUGUGGCAAGGGCUUUGGGGACAGCUCAGCCCGAAUCAAACAUCAGCGAACUCACACUGGCGAGAAGGCCUACAGGGUCCGGCCACCGGCCCCAGGUCCUCCCAAGAUGCCUCGAUCUCGGAUUCCUGCUGGUGAACGCCCCACGAUCUGUGGCGAAUGUGGCAAGAGCUUCCGGCAGAGCUUUGACCUGGUAAAAUACCAGCGGACACACACAGGAGAGAAGCCCUACAAGUGUGGCAUCUGUGGCAAAGGCUUUGGGGACAGUUCAGCCCGUAAAAAGCGCCAGCGGACACACAGAGGGGAUCAGCUCCCCCAGCCAGUGGUUCCCCGACGGCAGCCAUCCCCUGCAGCUCCGGCGGCUCCACAUAGACCCAAGGCCCAGGACAAGCCGUACAUCUGCACCGACUGUGGCAAAAGGUUUGUGCUCAGCUGCAGCCUGCUGAGCCACCAACGUAGUCACUUAGGUCCCAAACCCUUCGGUUGUGAUGUGAGUGGAAAGGAGUUUGCGAGGGGCUCUGACCUGGUGAAGCAUCUGCCGGUACACACAGGUGAGAAGCCCUACCUGUGCCCUGAGUGUGGCAAGGGCUUUGCUGAUAGCUCCGCCUGGGUGAAGCACCUCCGCACCCACAGCGGCCAGAGGCCUCACGCCUGCCCAGAGUAUAACCGUAGCUUUAGCCUCAGCUCCACUCUCCUUCGCCACCGCCUCACCCAUGUGGAGCCCCAGGACGUCAGUCUCGCAGCCUACCCGGUGGUUCCGCUCAUCCCCAGCCCUCCUCCACCUCCUCUCGGCACCAGCCCCUCACUGACGCCUCGGAGUCCUUCACACUCCAGUGAUGGGCCCUUUGGCCUACCUGGCUUGGAACCAGAGCCUGGGGGCCCACAGGCUGGGGAGCCGCCCCCACCUCUGGCAGGUGACAAGCCCCACAAGUGUCCUGAGUGCGGCAAAGGUUUCCGCCGAAGCUCUGAUCUGGUGAAACACCAUCGUGUGCACACAGGGGAGAAACCCUACCUCUGUCCUGAGUGUGGCAAAGGCUUUGCUGACAGUUCUGCCCGAGUCAAGCACCUCUGCACCCACCAGGACGAAUACACUAGACCACCACCACCAUCUACUCUCCUGCGGCCCCAUAAUCCACCUGGUUCUGUACCCAUUGUCCCUCAGUCUCAAGUGUGGGGCCAGCCCUCCGGACCCAGCCAGCUUCAUGUGUGUGGCUUCUGUGGGAAAGAGUUCCCCCGGAGCUCAGAUUUAGUCAAACACAGGCGUACACAUACUGGGGAGAAGCCAUACAAAUGUGCAGAAUGUGGUAAGGGCUUUGGUGACAGCUCUGCUCGAAUAAAGCACCAGCGUGGGCAUCUGGCCUUAAGGCCCUUUGGGGUGGGGGAUGGUCGGCCAAGGUCCCUUCAGGAGGAGUCACCAGCUGGACUGGAGUGAUGGGAGUCUAGGGAGGGUAGAAGCCCAGGGUACCGGAGUGAGGGUGUCUGCAGGUGAAGGCAGAGAAGAGCCUGGGAAUCGGUGGGAGGGAAGAGGAGGAUGAGAAUAGCUAGAAACAAAUUAGAGACUACAUAACCUUCAUGCUCAGGAAACUGUCUUGGUUAGGCGCCGGGACCUUGCCGGUGUGAGCUGUAUCCAGCUUCUAGAACACUGCCUAGCACAGAUUAGGCCCCCAAUAGUUGUAAAAGCUGGACCCAGUUUUAAAAUCCUACUGCCUCCUGUUAACACGCCCCUCAACUGGACACAGCUGUGUCCAACCUUUAGUUCCUGCACUCAGGAGGCAAAGGCAGGCAGAUCUCUUGAAUUCAUAGCCAGAUUGAUCUACAUAGAGAGUUCUAGGUAAGCCAGAACUCCUUGGUGAA